AUGAUGCUCUGUGUGUUGUGUGUGUGUGUGUGUGUGUGUGCAGGUGGAGGUGAUCCGGUGGCUGUUGACGCACGACCAUCACUCCAGACCCUCGGCCAAGGAUCUGCUCCAGUCCCACCUCCUGCCACUCAAGAUGGAGGACGAACAGUUGGAGGAAGUCCUCUCAAGAACCAUGCAGUCCACCAACUCCACUCGCUACCAACAUCUGAUUGACAAGCUGUUCUCGGGAGAUGCUCCUCAACUGAGGCCGUGGUCCUUCUACCAGGAGCCUGCAGACAACAAGAGAGACAGACCCAAGAGAAACAAGUUCUCUCUGGUGUAUUCUCUGCUGCAACAAAUGGUGGUCUCCAAACUUGCAGCCAUCUUUACCAGACAUGGGGCGUCUCGUGUGGAGCCUCCACUGCUCUGUCCCCGUUCCAGCCACCUCUACUCCAGUCCCAGUCCAUACCACAGUUCAUAGAACGGAACGGAGCCGUGGUGACCCUCCCCAGUGACCAUCGUCUCCCACUGGCCCACUAUCUGCUGCACCAGCA